AUGGAUACUUCUGGCGCAUACGUGACGUUGGUCUCAGCAGACAACCACAAGUUUGUGGUACUAAAAGAAGUGGCCCUGAUAUCGUCAGUUUUGAGAAGCACACAAGGCUUUGAAGAAGGAAAGACCGGCAAGAUCUCGUUGGAUAUGGACGGCGAUAUCCUCGAGUGUGUAGUGGAAUACUUGUACUACCACUACAAGUAUAAGGAGCAGGCCGAAUCAGGAGCGAUUCCAGAAUUCCACAUACCCACCCAUUUGGCAUUGGAGUUGUUGGUGAAAGCAGACUUCUUAGACAUAUGA